AUGGGGGGAGCUGAUCCUGGUCAUGUAAGGAAGGGCCAGAGAAGAAGAUCAGGGAGACUGAUAGCUAGUCAUGGAAGUGAUCCAUAUACAAGUGCCUGCGUCAUUGCAGAGGCUGUUCCUCUUCUUCAAGUGACGAUUUCACUUAGCAAAGUAGAGCUUAGUGUGGGUGAAUCUAAAUUCUUCACAUGCUCAGCAAUUGGUGAACCUGAGAUUAUAGACUGGUAUAAUCCUCAAGGAGAAAAGAUAAUUUCUACACAAAGGGUAGCUGUGCAAAAGGAUGGUGUUAGGUCAAGAUUAACCAUAUACAACGCAAACAUAGAAGAUGCAGGGAUAUACCGUUGUCAAGCAACAGAUGCCAAAGGACAGACACAAGAAGCUACAGUCGUUUUGGAAAUUUACCAAAAGCUCACUUUCAGAGAAGUGGUGUCUCCUCAAGAGUUCAAACAAGGAGAGGACGCGGAAGUGGUUUGCAGAGUUAGCAGCUCGCCUGCACCUGUUGUCAGCUGGUUGUAUCAUAAUGAGGAAGUCACCACCAUUUCCGACAAUCGGUUCGCUAUGCUAGCAAACAAUAAUCUGCAGAUUCUCAACAUCAGUAAGAGUGACGAAGGUAUAUACAGGUGUGAAGGGAGAGUAGAGGCUCGGGGAGAAAUUGACUUCCGUGAUAUCAUUGUGAUCGUUAAUGUGCCACCAGCAAUCACAAUGCCUCAGAAAUCCUUUAAUGCCACAGCAGAGAGAGGUGAAGAGAUGACUUUAUCCUGCAGGGCCUCUGGCUCUCCAGAACCCACCAUUAGCUGGUACAGGAAUGACAAGCUCCUUGAAGAAAAUGAAAAGUACCUUUUAAAAGGAAGCAAUACAGAACUUACUGUCAGGAACAUUAUCAAUAGUGAUGGGGGCCCUUAUGUCUGCAGGGCCACAAAUAAGGCAGGAGAAGAUGAAAAACAUGCAUUCCUCCAAGUUUUUGUACAGCCUCACAUAAUACAGCUUAAAAAUGAGACUACAUAUGAAAAUGCUCAAGUCAUACUCAUCUGCGAAGCAGAAGGGGAGCCUAUUCCAGAAAUCACUUGGAAAAGAGCCGCGGAUGGCAUCACGUUUUCUGAAGGAGCUAAGAGCCCAGACGGCCGUAUCGAUGUCCGAGGGCAGCUCGGAAGCUCGUCACUGCACAUUACGGAUGUGAAGUUGUCAGACUCGGGGAGGUAUGACUGCGAAGCUGCGAGUAGAAUCGGCGGACACCAAAAGAGCAUGUACCUUGAUAUUGAAUAUGCUCCCAAGUUUAUAUCAAACCAAACCAUUUAUUACUCUUGGGAAGGAAAUCCAAUCAAUAUAAGCUGUGAUGUGAAAUCUAAUCCACCAGCAUCAAUCCACUGGAGAAGAGAUAAAUUAAUAUUACCAGCUAAGAACACCACUAAUUUAAAGACAUAUAGUACAGGAAGAAAGAUGAUAUUGGAGAUUGCACCUGCGUCUGACAAUGACUUUGGACGAUAUAACUGCACAGCCACGAACCAUAUAGGAACCAGAUUUCAAGAAUAUAUUCUUGCUUUGGCUGAUGUGCCGUCCAGUCCCUAUGGAGUGAAGAUUAUAGAGUUGUCACAGACCAUGGCCAAAGUUUCCUUUAACAAACCGGAUUCCCAUGGAGGUGUGCCUAUUCAUCACUAUCAAGUGGAUGUCAAAGAAGUGGCAUCAGAAACCUGGAAAAUAGUACGCUCCCAAGGAGUUCAAACAAUGGUUGUGUUGAACAACCUGGAACCAAAUACAACAUAUGAAAUCAGGGUUGCAGCUGUAAAUGGAAAAGGGCAAGGAGACUACAGUAAAAUAGAAAUCUUCCAAACACUACCAGUUCGUGAACCAAGUCCUCCAUCAAUCCAUGGACAGCCAAGCAGCGGGAAGAGCUUUAAACUCAGCAUCACCAAACAGGAUGAUGGAGGGGCCCCUAUUUUAGAAUAUAUUGUAAAAUAUAGAAGUAAAGAUAAGGAAGACCAGUGGCUAGAGAAAAAAGUACAGGGAAAUAAAGAUCACAUUAUUUUGGAGCAUCUACAGUGGACAAUGGGGUAUGAAGUGCAAAUUACAGCUGCCAACAGAUUGGGAUAUUCUGAACCAACAGUCUAUGAGUUCAACAUGCCGCCAAAGCCCAACAUUAUUAAAGACACACUUUUUAACGGUCUUGGGCUUGGAGCAGUGAUUGGCCUGGGCGUUGCUGCACUAUUUCUAAUCCUCGUGGUAACAGAUGUCAGCUGCUUCUUUAUUCGACAAUGCGGAUUACUGAUGUGCAUCACCAGGAGAAUGUGUGGGAAGAAAAGUGGUUCCAGCGGCAAAAAUAAAGAACUCGAAGAAGGAAAGGCUGCGUACCUGAAAGAUGGAUCAAAAGAACCAAUCGUGGAGAUGAGAACAGAGGAUGAAAGAAUUACUAAUCAUGAAGAUGGGAGCCCAGUAAAUGAGCCAAACGAAACCACACCACUAACAGAACCUGAAAAAUUGCCCUUAAAAGAAGAAAAUGGCAAAGAGAUCUUAAAUCCAGAAACUAUAGAAAUUAAAGUUGCUAAUGAUAUACAAUCAAAAGAAGAUGACAGCAAAGCAUAA